AAUACGGUGAUUUUCAUUAAAUCAAUUUUUCGAAUUAAGAUUUUGCAUAAUUUCUUUUAUUCUUAAAAUAAAUAUUGUAAAAAAAAUUAGUAGAUACACUUUUUUUUACAAACCUAAAAAUUAAGAAGAUUUUCUAACAAUAAACUUCCAAAAAAGACCUUAUAGAGUGUCUAAAAUUUCAGCUAAAUCAGAAACAAAACAGCUCUGAAUAAUCAUAUAACUUGUGGAAUUUCAAUGCAUUAAAUUACUAUUGGACUCAUCAUAGUCUUAGUCCCUUUAAUCAUCAUUUUGUCUUACAAAAUUGGAUAAAAAAAACAGCAAAAAGAGAUUGAGAGAAUUCAAAGACAAGAAAUGGCAAUAAAUUUUCUGAAGUAAAGAGCAAGUUAUUAAUCUCCUAGAAAUAACAUUUAUGAUCAAGCAUAUGGAAAUUAUAAUUAAUGUGUUUAAUAAGACUACUAAAAUUAAUACACUUUUAACAAGAAUUAUUUGAAUAUACCUCCCCUUACAAUUCCAGAACCUUAUUCUUCUUAUGAUUAUUCUACUUAUUCUCCACCAUUUUAACCUAAUAAGCGCUUGUCCUUUACAAAUUUUGCUAACUUAAAUAAUUCUUAGCAAUACGAAUAAUAUGAUUACAAUAUUGUAAAGUAAAUUCUUGGUCCUUCACCACCACAAUCCCAAUUAAACACUCCAAAUAAAUACACAUAAAGCUGUGGUAACUACUAUCAAGAUAAUGUUCCCUAUUUCCUAAAGGAGAGAAGCAGAGCAACUUACUUUAGAUGA